AUGUCUGCGUCCGGUGUACACAACCAUCGUCUCACCAAGGAGCUUUGGGAGAGCUAUGCUGAAAAUCGAGCUGUGAAAGAUGUGCACCUGACCAACGAUGGCGAGGUCCUCCACAAAGCUGGUGCCAACGUCAAAGGGAUUCUGCAAUACCUUCGCGAGCACACAGGAAGAAAGACGACGCUGAAGGAUGUACACAACAUGAUUCAGAGAAUUCGCUGCAAGCAAAGCAGCAACCAGACGGAUGCAGAAAGAGCCUUCGCCCUCUUGGAUGAGCUCUGCAGCUAA